AUGGUAAAUGACAACUAUGUAUGUAGAUAUGUAAAUAACAUAAAAAUAGUCAAUAAUAGAAAUGCUUCAGAUUUUAGAAGUACAAAGAAAACAAACUUGAGUUUGUAUAAUGUAUAUGCAUUGCUUAUAUCAGAUUCACGUUCAGCAAAUAUAAAAAGAGUAAAUUUUUGUUUAAGAAUGAAAAGUUGGAUUGUUUUGCUUAUUUUCAUUUCUCGUGGUCAUGGAAGCCUGUUGAGUGGAUUUGAAGGGAAAAGAAAAGUAAAGGUCAGCGAAAAAAAUUUCAAUGCUUUAUUAGGUAAUGUGGUUUGUGACUACCGUUCUACUGCAAAGAAUAUUGAGGAAAUUCAAGGAAAGAAACUUGACGAGAUGGUGAAAAUACUCCACAGCUUCUCAAUUCAAAUGAGUAGUUCAAUUCUUGAUACUGAAUAUAUUGAAAUGAAAUCUUCUAUUGACUGUGGUGAAACUUUUCAGUUGUGUUAUUCUUUGAAAUCAUAUCUCAAAAGAUGCAGUUAUCGAAUUCUUCAUUUAGGAGAAGCGGUUAAAACCAUUACUAAUUAUUUCCAAAUUGCAAUCAAGAAAUGUGAAUUUGUGGUCAAAAAGCAACGUUGUAAGAAGAAAACUUAG